AUGGCGGCAGUGGCUAGCCCUUCGCUCCUCACACUGCCAUCCGAGCUCGUCCAUCACAUCCUCACCUUCCUCCCUCUGCCAGACUUGCUCUCGGUCGGUCUGGUGAGCCAUGCCCUCUUGGAGCACUCUCGCCAGGACACGCUCUAUCAACCCUACGUCCAGUCUCAUGUACCCGGCUCGGCUGUCACAAAACCGGCGGGCCUGGGCUGGCGGGCCCUGUUCAAGCUGCAUCAUCCGUACUGGUUCAUUCCGAAGAGCAAGAUAUGGUUCGCCGAUAACGCGCACACUGGAAAGCUUCUCAUAGCCCGAUAUGACCAUCGAAUCAAUGCCAUCGAGGCCUAUGCCCUCGUCGCAGAGCGGCGCCAGCCCACAUUCCAGACCUGGGACUGGAAUCCCGAGGCUAUCAUACACACCUUUAGUCCCCGCAUUCAGCUUGAUCUAAAUGUACCUGUCGUACGCUUAGACAUCAACGGCUACGAGCACGCGACUGGCGAUGUGGGAUGCCGCCUACAGAAGGAAAUCCCGAUGAACCUGUUCGGCGGCUCGCCUCGAUCAACUGCCAGCUUGUACUCCCGCCUCAUGCUCACAAAGCCAUGGCCUGCGCAUAUCACAACGGCAGCGACGCCCGUAUGGCCGCCGCUCAUAUUACCCAGCCCCACCCGAACGCGCAGAGAUUCACCUACGCAGUUUCGCGACCCAGAGCAUAGGCCGUCUGCAUUGCCAGAGCUCUCUACGGCGAGCUUUAGGAUACGGAAGUGGAUGGAGUUUUCCUCUCGCCCUCACGGCGUCAGUAUGCGCGUUGGUGAGGACAUCACGACGUGGGCCACGCUGCCGGAAGAAUGCUAUACGCCCACGCCGCAGAAGCCGUGGCAGGGCAUCUGGUGCGGCGACUACGCCGGUCACGGCUGCGAGUUCUUGGCCAUCAUGCAACCAGACGAUCCCAGGCCUUUGCCCGAGCGGGCAGAAUGGGCAAUGCGAGCGCGGGAGCGCGAAGGCAGCGGUAGCAGGGCUGCGGCCUGGAGUACGGCGCCCACAGAGGCUGCCGAAUGGGACGAGCCGUGGCAAGGCGAGGCUGUACAGUCUCCUGGCGCGAAUAUGAUCUUAGAGGACAGUGCUGCCACACCGCAAGCCCAUACCAAGCAGCAGCCAUGCCCGGCAUCGGCCGAACGCAAGCCACCCGAGGAUGAGAGCGUCUGCCACGGCCGCAUCGAAGCGGUCAAACUCACCGGCGACCCAAACAUACCGCGGGGAGAGUAUACCUUCAUAGCGCCGGAUAUCGGGCCAAAUGGACUUCUUCGGGUUGCUACCGAAGACAUGUUCAAGGGGGCUCGGGUCGUUAAGAGCGUCGGUCAUAUUGCGGCGCAUGGUUUCAGGGAUGAUGACUAUAUGACAUCGCAACUAAUCCUCAUAUCGUAUGACCGACUAGCACAAUAUUGGGAGACAUUUGGGCAUGUGUCGUUCUAUCAGCGGGUGAAUAUUGACGAGUUCACAAAGAUACCAUGA